CAUUUUGCUGUGUCUGAAACUCACUGCUGAGACCUGUGCUGUGCUCAAAUCCGAAGCGUUUGCUUCUACUUUCUAGCUAGAUUGUUUGGAUCGUAAGUUUUAUUUCUUAUUUUCUUAUAAAUUUCGAUUGCUGAAAUGAUUGUUUUUCAGUAUUUGAUCGAUAUGUGGUCGUUACGUAAUGGAUAUGUGAUUAAACUUCCAUCUAUAUGUUCAUGAGUAUUUGAUUUUGAUAAUACACCUACCUUUGUAUAAUUUGAAUGCGUGGAAGGAUUGAUCGUCAAAAUGGUGAAACAAUACCCGACUAUGAGCGAGGAAUACCAGAAGGCAGUAGAAAAAUGCAAAAGAAAACUCCGAGGGCUCAUCACUGAGAAGAACUGCGCUCCUAUAAUUCUCCGAUUAGCAUGGCACUCAGCUGGUACGUUUGACAUAGAAACGAAGACUGGAGGACCAUUUGGGACCAUCAGGCACCCGGAGGAGCUCGCUCAUGAAGCAAACAAUGGUCUUGAUAUUGCGGUUAGGCUUUUGGAGCCGACCAAGGAGCAGUUUCCGAUCCUCUCAUAUGCAGACUUCUACCAGUUGGCUGGAGUUGUUGCCGUAGAAAUAACAGGAGGGCCUGAGAUCCCUUUCCACCCUGGUAGACCAGAUAAACAAGAACCACCACCAGAAGGUCGUUUGCCAAAUGCCACCGAAGGUUCGGAUCAUCUGAGGGCUGUCUUUGGACACAUGGGACUUAGCGACAAGGACAUUGUUGCAUUAUCCGGUGGACACACCUUGGGUAGGUGCCACAAGGAGCGUUCUGGAUUUGAGGGACCCUGGACAACGAACCCUCUCAUCUUCGACAACUCCUAUUUCAAGGAACUUCUUAGUGGGGAGAAAGAAGGUCUUCUUCAGCUGCCAUCGGAUAAAGCUCUACUCGAGGAUCCAGUCUUUCGCCCUCUUGUAGAGACUUAUGCUGCGGACGAAGACGCCUUCUUUGCUGAUUAUGCCGAAGCACAUUUGAAACUCUCCGAGCUUGGAUUUGCGGAUGCUUAGUAAAGGAUUGUUAUUUGUAGAUUGGUGGGGGGCUGUCUUGUGCGAUUUCUUCUAGAUUUGAAUGAACAAAUGAUUGUAAGAUUAUGGUAUGUUAUUUUCUGUCGAAAUUUUUCUCUUUGUGAUUGGUAAUAAAACUAUGGCAGCAUUUGCUGCUUAUAAUAUAAUGUCAUGUGUAGUCGUAAUGAACAAUGCUAGGAAGAUUGUAUUAUAAUUUCAUGUUGUGUACCACUUUUUUAAUGUAAUGUUGCAUGUGUACCCGUAAUGAACAAUGCUUCUAAUGAAUGUAAUGUCACAGGUCUGCUGAAACUUGGCUUUCAUGACAUUCACAAUGCAACAUUUGGUGCACACUUUUGGCCUUGCUUGGUGGUUAGUAUUGUAAGAACAGUUUAUAAAUUCUCAUUCAAGGAAUAUAGAUUCAACCAAUCAACCACAA